AGCAGCGGAAAAUGUAAUAAGGCUAAUGGGUCGCUAACUUGUCUAAAGCGUCGUGAAAUCGUCUUGUUUUUCUAAGCAUAUAUUUAGGCUUAAACAUGUUGGUCCCGAUCUUUACACUGAAACUCAACCAUAAGAUAAACCCUCGGAUGGUGACAAUUGGUAAAUUUAAUGGAGUUCACCCAUGUCUCACAGCAGCAACACAAGCAGGGAAGGUUUUUAUCCACAACCCCCAUGCCCGUGGACAGAGAGCAGCAGGACACCGCCUGAGCCAAAGCACCCAGGACUCAGAUGUGUCUCUUCUUAACAUCAACCAGGCAGUUACUUGUUUGACAGCUGGUACUUUAGGCCCAAACACUACUGGGGACACACUGUUAGUGGGCUCUCAAACCAAUCUGCUAGCCUAUGAUGUUCAUGAUAACGCUGAUGUUUUCUACAGAGAGGUGACAGAUGGAGCAAAUUCCAUUGUCUUGGGCAAACUUGGAGACAUCCCUUCACCUCUUGCCAUCAUUGGAGGAAACUGUGCUCUGCAAGGUUUUGACUUUGAAGGGAAUGACCACUUCUGGACUGUGACUGGAGAUAAUGUCAGAUCUCUUGUUCUCUGUGACUUCACAGGAGAUGGAAAAAAUGAGCUCUUAGUAGGAUCUGAAGACUUUGAUAUAAGAGUUUUUAAAGAGGAUGAGCUUGUGGCUGAGAUGACCGAAAAUGAGACUGUAACUUCACUGUGCCACAUGCAUGACAGUCGAUUUGGCUAUGCACUGGCAAAUGGUACUGUGGGUGUUUAUGAUCGCAAUUCAAGAUACUGGAGGAUAAAGUCUAAGAAUCAUGCUAUGAGCAUUCAUGCCUUUGAUCUGAAUGCUGAUGGAGUAGUUGAACUCAUAACUGGCUGGUCAAACGGAAAGAUUGAUGCACGGAGUGACCGAACGGGUGAGGUCAUUUUUAAAGACAACUUCUCCUCUUCUGUGGCUGGAGUGGUGGAGGGAGACUACCGGCUGGAUGGGCAGAAACAGCUCAUCUGUACCUCUAUAGAAGGAGAAGUUCGAGGUUACCUCCCUGCAAGUAAAGAACAAAAAGGAAAUCUUAUGGACUCUAGUGCUGAGCAGGAUCUCAUUAGAGAACUCAGCCAGCGUAGACAGAAUCUCCUUCUUGAACUUAGGAACUAUGAAGAAAAUGCCAAGGGUGUGUCAGAAGCCAACAGUGGUGUGGGUGUGAUUCCAGCCAAUACUCAACUUCAGACUGCUCUUUCAGUUCGACCAGCCACAGAGGCACAGAGGGCACAUGUAGAGCUCAACAUUUCAACGCCAAAUGAAACAAUAAUUCGUGCAGUGCUCAUUUUUGCGGAGGGGAUUUUUGAGGGAGAGAGUCACGUGGUUCACCCCAAUGCCCAAAACCUGUCAGGCUGUAUACGAGUUCCUAUAGUCCCUCCAAAGGAUAUACCUGUGGAUCUUCAUAUUAAAGCUUUUGUUGGGGGAAAAUCAAGUACCCAGUUCCAUGUGUUUGAAAUCACUCGUCAGCUGCCUCGGUUCUCCAUGUAUGACCUGAUUGAUGAGUCCACAGCUGCCCCUCCCUCUGGAUGGGUCACCUUUAGCAUAAAUGACAGGCCACAAAGGAUUGUGAUGUGGCUGAACCAGAACUUCUUGCUUCCAGAGGGAAUAGAUAGCCCAAAUGUAACUUUUCAUUCUCUGAGGACUGGUGGAGUGUUGUCCAUCAGCAAGGCCAGCAAUGGACAGAUCACUUUUAAAACUGAUGACAUCGACCUGGCAGGGGAUCUUGUUCAGUCAUUGGCGUCCUUUCUGGGAAUAGAUGACCUAGCAGCAGAAGCAGAUUUCCCUGGAUACUUUGAGGAUCUCCGAACCUCACUCUCUGAGGUGGAUGAGUUCCACUCAGUCCAUCAGAAGUUAACUGCAGAUAUGGCUGACCACUCUAACUACAUCAGGAUUAUGUUGGUACAAGCAGAAGAUUCUCGUCUCAUGAGUGACAUAACAUCCAUGAAGAAACGCUAUAGAGAGUUGUAUGAUUUAAACAGAGAUCUGAUAAAUGAAUAUAAGAUCCGCUCCAACAAUCACAAUGCUCUACUUUCCUGCCUUAAAUCUGUAAAUCAAGCCAUCCAGCGGGCUGGAAGACUGCGAGUCGGAAAACCUAAGAACCAAGUGAUAUCCGCCUGCCGAGAUGCUAUCAAGAGCAACAACGUUAAUGUACUGUUUAGGAUCAUGAAAGCAGGGACUGCAUCGUUCUGAGAAUGAAAUCAGAAGCUGUCAAGAUGUUGACAAAUAAUUUUAAACUCCACAGUACUGUUUUGUACAAAUCUAAUAUCUAUAUUGUUUGGUCAAAGGUAGGGGGCACAUUUUUGCCUUAAUUAAUUUAUGUUCUCAGAAUAGAAUUAUAGAGAUAAUACAAAAAAAGUCAUCCUCAGCCAAAGCAUUGACUCUUUCUCAUCUCUAUGGUGGAAGUGAAGAGCAGCCAUGCUAAUUAAGCGAUCUUAAACAGCAAAACUGAAACUAGCUUGAUUCAUGAUAAUCUCAGGGUGGUUCUGCAGGUAGCGCAGUCAUUUUAGUCAUUUAUUGUAUUGGCGCUAAAUUUAAUAGUUCAUUACUUGUUAAAAUGCAUCAUCAUUCAUUCAUUCAUAUACUGCCAUCUGCAAUGACGUGUGCUGGAUGUGUUGGAAUAUAACCUACAAAUAUGUAGAUAUAUGCAUGUGUUCCAGCACAAUUGUUUAGAGUAUUGUUUGGAAAGUAUGGCACAAUGUCAGCAGUGCAGGACUGUUUAAUCCAGCUGACAUGGUGAUGUUUAGAGGGAGAACAGCUGGACAGUCAGUAAGGAGGCCCAGUGACAGCCCCAGAUGUUAUAUGUCUAUAGCCAAAGAAACACGUUUUUAAGGAUAUGUACUUUGUAAAUUUUAUAGGUAGAUUAGUAGAUAGAUGUGUGUUUGUGAAAAAUAAUAUGAAUAAAUUAUAUCUGAAGAUUUAGUU